CCUGUAGUGGUUGCUAGGAAACAGUCAACAGAAACAAGCCAGAGCAGUGGACAUCAGCGGAAUUCUGAAAUCUCCGAAAUUCUGCAAACAUGCCUAAAAAAGCAGGGAAGAAGGCCGGUGGAAAACUGGCCGGGUUGACGGAGGAGGAGAGACUCCUGUACAUGCAGCAAAAGGCUCAAGCGGAGGAGGAAAUCGCCAAGAGAAAAGAGGACAUGCUCACACACUUCCUCAAGGAUAAACUGCAGAAAGAAGAGAAGAACACUGUACUGAACCUCCACAAGCUGCGUCAGCAAUGGCGAGCUGUUUUGACGCAGACAAAGAUAGCAGAGCUGCGCAAUGACAUGUCAGUCCUCUCGCAGACCUUCGAGAGAGUCCUGGACUACAAAGACAACAUCAUUAGGAGUUUGCAGGUUGAUUUGUCAGAGAGGGAGCUUCAGUCGGAGCUGAAGCGCAGUUCACAUCUGCACAACGUGGACUGUCUGUUAGAGAUUCAUAAGAGUCGACUGGCACAACUAGAGUUCAACUUCAAGAGCAGUCUAGUGGAACUUAGCUCAGAGUAUAAUACUGAGAGGGAGCAGAUUCUCUCCCAGCACCAGCAGGAAUGUGUGGAUUUGGACAAUGUGAUGUUUUCCAUGGAAAAGCACUACAGUGAUCUCGAUGGAGAGGCGAAACGUGAUUAUCAGAGCACUCGCAAUCAAAUAAAAAAACGGAACUUUGAUGAUAAGCAAGCGGUGAAAGAGCAGAUGGAUGGAGUUGUGGAGAAACUGUGGCAGGACCAGCAGCAGGUUUUAAACCACUACAACGAGUCCACCAGAGACAAAAUCAUCACGACCGAUGAUCUGAUGAACAAGGAUGUGCAAAGUGCCAAAGAAAUCGACUCGCUUAAAAAACACAUUCAGAAGCUGCAGGAUUCCAUCUCUACUUUCCGUGGUCAGCUGAGCUCUGGUCAGACUGAUAAAACAGCGGAGCAGCUUCGUUCUGAACGUGAUGAACUCGCACAGGAAGUUCAACACUUCAGAGUCCAGCUCAAUGCGGCGCAGGCCAUCCGGAAAAAACACAUUACUAAACUGACUGUUCAAAGCAACGACGCUACCAAAAAACUGCAGGAGAUCGUAGCAAGGGGGGAAAGGCUGCUGCGUCAGUGCGAGAUGUGCUGUAAACUGGAGACGGAGCACGAGAAGGUUUUGCCCUUCUACAAGUCAUCACUGAGCGAAGAAGAGCAAAAACAGGAGAAAGCCAAAGCCAUGGAGUCUUCAAAUGAGAAACUCACACAGCUAAUGCAUGACUAUUCGCCUCUUGCGAAGUUCUGGCAACGCUACAACAAAGUUGAGCUGGACUGUUUGUGUGUGAAGCGAGAGAAGCUGCUUCUGCUCCAGGAGAAUGAGCGUCUGAGGCUCUUUCUGAAGCAGUACCUGGAUGAAGUCUCGGUUUCUGAUGAGAGUUUUCGGCAGCAGAAGCUUCUGGUGGUGUCGAGUCCUGCUCUUCAGGAUACUGCUGCCACUGACAGACAUCAGCAGAAAAGACACGUUGUGCAAGAAGCAGCCUGUAUUGUGCAGAAACAGCUUUAGAGAAUAAAUGUAGAAAAACAAUGCAGAAUUGUGCUUCUAGCAGCAGUUAAAAUGUUAUAGAAUUCAGGUUUGCUAAUUUGUUAAAGUGAUAGUUCACCUAAAAAUGAAAAUUCUGCCAUCAAUUACUCACCUUUACUUGUUCCAAAUGUGUUUGUUUUUGUAUUGUUGAACACAAAAGAAGAUAUUUUGAAGAAUGUUGUAAACCUGUAACCAUUGACUGGUAUUUGUUUUUCUUAAUAUGGAUGCCAGUGGUUAUACAGUAGGUUUCCAACACUCUUCAGUAUGAACAAAAACAAAACUCAAAUUGGUUUGGAACAGGUCAAGGGUGAGUAAUGCAGAAAUGCUAUUUUUAAGUGAACUUAACUAUAUAUUUUAUUGUAAAUGUAAGAUUUUUACAAAUUUUACCCACAUUUAAGUUUAUUGACCUCAAGAAGGCGCCAAAUCAUUAAAGAUUAACGACUCGGCAAAAAUCCGAUGUCCGUCCGCACUCCCGCUUUUUUGACGGUUUGAAACGUUUGCUUACGUUUUUAAUCGUUGCUAGCAUUUUUAGCACAAAUUUUAGUUGUUUUAACAUGUUUUAUGCUUCUAUCAUAAAUUAUGACGUUUAAAAAUGUUAGCAAUAUUCCUACAGAUUAAAAAAAUGUUUUAUGAAGGGGAGCAAAAUAAUGUCUUGAAAAACAGUUCCUUAAUAAAACAUAAAUCGCAA